GUUGUCAAGAUCACUGUAGCUAGUCACCAUGACUCUCUUCAUUGCGCGAUCGUUGUGACCACGCUCAUUGUUGUGUGUUGCCCCCUCGAAAAAUUUGUUCGGGCACGAACUACAUCUACAACAACGAACCCACAUCUUACGCAGACAAUGAAGCACAGCGCUACAAAUUGACAUACUAUACCAUUGAUAUCCCAUUGACACCCCGUACACCGUAGUCCGAAGGCGCCAUGAACGCCACGCAGCUCGGCCAAUCCGACUUGGGUUUACCACCGAAUUCGUAUAUCUACAGGAUCAUUUCCACCGCGCCGCGGCAAGACCCGCUCACCUAUGAUCGAACCGACCUACUCGCUGCUAUUGCCUCUGAUGACUCCCUCCGCUUUUUCGACCCGACAACACUCAGCACGCUCGCAAACGGUGUCGUAAGAAAUGUCAACGAGAAAGUCACGUGUCUGGAGCGCGGCAACGACCAGCAGAGCAACCUCGUAGUCACAGCUGGAAGAGAUGGACUGAUCAAGUUUUGGGACAAAAGGAUCCCGGGGUCGGCAGUCGCGCACAUCCAGAGCCCACAGAAACUCAUUUCGUCACUUGUUUGCAACUCGGAGAAGCACUUCCUUGCCGCUGGAAUUGAGAACCCUGAGGACGGACCGCGCGGCUCCCCAGUCUACAUCUGGGACCAGCGCAACCCACAAGCUCCGGUGCGCGAAUACGUAGAGUCGCACACAGACACUGUCACGGACCUGCAAAUACACCCAAAUCUUCCAAACCUACUCUUGUCCGCGAGCACAGAUGGCCUGGUCAAUGUCUUUGACAUCACACAAGCUGACGAGGAUGACGCGUUAUACCAGGUCAUCAACCAUCGCUCCGCUAUUGCUCGCGCAGGCUUCAUGUUUCCCACAACCGACAUCUAUGCCAUGGGCACAGACGAGACACUGAGCUUCUACGCGCUUCAAAGCCAAGAGGACGAGAAGGAGGAGCCAAAGCCCAAAGCUUAUGGCGAUACGCGGGAGCAACUGGGCUGCGAGUACUUGGCCAAGAUGCAUUGGGUGGGCGACAAAGCGUAUCUUGCCACUGGGAAGCACAGCUCUGGCGAUCUCACGCUCUAUCCUGUGCACAAGAAUCUGCAAGGCGGUCCUCUCGAUUACAUAUGCAACCCACAGCAGCCCCUCCGGCAUCAAGGGGCCCAUGGGGAGGAGAUUGUGCGUGAUUUGUUCACGGAUACGAAUACAGGUACGACCUAUACCUGCGGAGAAGAUGGCUCGGUCCGCGCUUGGAGAAUGGCUAGUGAACAGAACGCUGAGGCCUUCGGAGAUGCCGCUGAGCCGAAAACGAAAUCGAAGGACAGGAAAGAGAAGCGAAAGGACAAAAAGAAGGACAAGCGGAAAGGCGAUGAGUCCAGGUUUGCACCGUAUUGACCAGUACACACAAACGCAAGCAAAGAGAACCGCACAAAUUCAUAGAAGCACCCAAGAAUAUCCCC